UAACCGCUUCACUUCAAAUCCUUCCGCCAAGGUAAGGAGUCCAUGAAUUCACCGGUGGACAGCAUUUGAAGUUCAUCUCUCAUAUUCUUUAGGUGAUAAUCAUUACUCCUCAUGAUAAUCAUGGAUGUAAAGUAAAUAUUGUUCUAACUACACCGAUGCCAAACCAAGUAAUUCAUUGUCUAACGCUAUCAAUCUAUCAUUCCCGAUUCUAACAUGUGGUCAACAACAAAAGACGAAGAACUAAAAUAUGUUAAUAAAUCCUCAGAGCUAGGAUCACUAAGCAGCUCAGAACCAGAAGAAUCAGUUGAAGUGAGUGACGUCAUCGGUGGUUAUGGACCUUGGCAAAGAGAUAUUUUUGUACUUCUGUUUUUAGCAUCUAUACCUUCAGCAUGGCACAAUCUGCAAAUGACUUUUAUGGCUCCGUCUGGAGUGGACUACUGGUGUGCAAAACCCAACGAUGUAAAUAUAAGUUUGGAUUUGUGGCUUAAUCGGACAGCGGUGCCUUCAAAUCUGGAUGUGGACAAUAGGUGCUUCAUAAAACCAUAUUGGCGACUGCAGGAUAAUGCCACCGUCCAAGAAAGUGAUCUUGUCAGAUGUACGAAGUGGCAAUAUGAUUACAGCUUCUAUCCAUCUACUAUUAUAGAUGAAUGGGAUUUAGUAUGUGAAAGAGAGUGGUUGAUAUCUUUUUCGAAGUCUAUCUAUAAUGUCGGUUAUCUCGUAGCUGUGUUAGUAUUUGGACAAAUUUCAGAUAGUGUAGGAAGACGACCAACGCUUCUUUUCUCGUAUGUUCUUAACGUUGGGGCAGGUUUCCUCUCCGCUUUUGCACCAUCUUUUGCUAUGUUCGCUCUGCUCAGGUUCUUUACAGCUGUUGGUGGAGCUGGAUUUUAUACUGUUACAUUCGUUAUUUUGAUAGAAAUGGUGAGCCCGGCUUAUCGAUCAAUGGUUGGCGUAGCAAUUAAUUUCGGUUGGUGUUUAGCUUUCAUAAGUCUACCUGGAGUAGCUUGGAUCAUAAGAGAUUGGUUUUGGCUACAGUUGGCACUAACACUGCCAAAACUUCUGUUUAUUUCCGUGUUUUGGGUUGUACCCGAAUCACCUCGAUGGCUGCUUAUUCGGGGCGAAAAGGACAUCUUUCGAAAAGUUGUUCAAACAGCGGCGAAAAAAAAUGGCGUCCCGUAUGAAUUUGUUCAAUCAGAGACAGAAAAACUGAUGUUGAGAAGCGAAGAAAUCAGACAGAGUACUGGUAGUACAGCAACAAUACUGGAUCUCUUCAAAACUCCUAAUUUGAGGAAGAGUACGUUGAUAUUAUUUUACAAUUGGCUGGUAAAUUCAUUCAUCUACUUUGGGCUGUCUUACAACACUGAAGAAUUAUCUCUGAAUCCAUACCUUAGUUUCUUUCUGUCAGGAGCCGUCGAAUUUCCAGCAUACUUGGUCACCAUUAAAGUUAUUUCUAGCGCUGGUCGUAGACGUCCAUUAGCGAUCGCAAUGAUUAUAGCUGGCUUAGCUUGUGCUCUUACAAUACCUAUACCAUCUGAUGUGGUAGCAUUGAAAGUCUUGUUUCCCCUUGUGGGUAAAUUUUGUAUAACAGCGACAUUUGCUACUGCUUACGUCUACUCGGCUGAAAUUUUCCCUACAGUCGUGAGAAACGUUGGACUCGGAACAGGAUCUACAGUAGCUCGAAUUGGUUCAACAGUAGCACCUUUUACAAGAGAAUUGGGUGCUGGUACAUUUUCAAGUCUUCCAGAUCUUUUAUAUUCACUUUUAUCAGUCACUAGUGGUUGCCUUAUAUUUUUAUUACCUGAAACUAACAAUGAACCUUUUGCUGACACGUUAAAACAAGCAGAAAAAAUUGGACAGAAACCAAAAGAAGAAAGUGCUGAGAUUCCAAAAAAUGAUGUUUAAAGAAGAUGACUUAAGACUACUCAAGGGCAUUUCACUUCAUAUAAAACUUCAUUGUGUAUUUUUCUGAAGGAAAAAGUCUUUUUUUCUUAUCAUUACAUCUGCAAUUUAUGGUGGAAUUCAAUAAAUAACGCGAACUGUCAUUACGAGGUUGCAUGCAUCUGCGCUGUUUUACGCCUUAUUUAAAGUCAUGUUAUACUUGUUUAAUAAAGCUUUUAAAUGUUUAUGUA